AUUUUAGGAGGCGUGGGAAAAAAAUGUUAGGACGGGAAAUGCUCCUCAGUGACUCCAGCUGUAACAUAACGCAGGAUUGCAAAACCUCCCGUGCUCUUAAGCUUCUUCUUCCACCUCGUCCACUCUCUCUUCUCUCUCCCUCUCUCCUGCGCCAACUCCUCUCUCCCUCAAUCCCAAGCGAAUUACUCGUCUCCCCCUCCUGCGCUUGUCGGAGCUUCGUCUCCUCUGACUCUCCCGUCCUGAUUCGCCGCUCCACUCUCCUCCCUUCCGCCGCAAAGGGGGGGACUCAUGAUGAAGCUAGUGUAUCUGGCAAUUUUGGCGGCGGUCCUCGGCCUCGCCCGGGCGGAGGCGGAGCCGCAGUGCGCGCGGCGUGGUCGGAGCGCGCCGACGCGGCCGCACAGCGUGACGAUCACCGAGUUCGGGGCCGUCGGCGACGGCGUCACCCUGAACACGGUGUCCUUCCAGAACGCCGUCUUCUACCUGCGGUCCUUCGCCGACAAGGGCGGCGCGCAGCUGUACGUGCCCAAGGGGCGGUGGCUCACCGGCAGCUUCAACCUCACUAGCCACCUCACCCUCUUCCUGGAGACGGGCGCCGUCAUCGUCGGCGCCCAGGAGUUGUCACAAUGGCCAAUUGUGGAACCUUUGCCAUCAUAUGGCCAAGGAAUUGACCUUCCUGGUCCGAGACAUCGCAGCUUAAUAAAUGGGCAGAAUCUGAUUGAUGUCAUAAUUACUGGAAACAAUGGAACCAUAGAUGGCCAGGGUUCGACAUGGUGGAACUGGCUUCGCUCUAAUAAGUUGAACUAUAGCCGCCCACAUCUUGUUGAGUUUGUGGAUUCUGAAGAAAUUGUGAUUUCAAACUUGGCAUUCUUAAAUUCCCCUGCAUGGAGUAUACAUCCGGUGUAUUGCAGCAAUGUAGUGGUCCAUAAUAUCACAAUUCAGACUUCAGCAGAUGCUCCACUCAUUGAUGGGAUUGUUCCAGAUUCAUGCUCAAAUGUGUGCAUUGAAGACAGCAGCAUUAGCGUUAGCCAUGAUGCCAUCUCAUUGAAAAGUGGGUGGGACAACUAUGGCAUUACUUUUGGAAGGCCAACCUCAGACAUUCACAUUAGAAGAGUGGAUCUCCAAUCUUCAUUAGGAGCUGCUCUUGCAUUUGGGAGCGAGAUGUCUGGCGGGAUCUCGGAUGUGCAUGUCAAUCACCUCCGUAUCCAUGGUUCCUCCAAAGGCAUCUUCUUCAAGACUGCACAAGGCCGCGGAGGUUAUAUGAGAGAUGCAGUAAUCUCAGAUGUCCAAAUGGAAGAUGUUAAUGUUGCCAUUGCGUUCACCGGUGAUUGGUCAAGCCACCCAGAUGACCAUUUUGAUCCGGCUGCAUUCCCAGUGAUUAAUCGAAUCACCCUGAAGAACAUGGUUGGAACAAAAAUCUCGGUCGCAGGCAUUUUGUCAGGAAUUGUUGGCGAUCCAUUCACCAAUAUCUGCCUCUCCAAUAUCAAUUUCUCCUUAGCUGAUUCAGCCAACUCCACCUCUUGGUCUUGCUCCAACAUUUCUGGAUACUCCGAGUUGGUAUUUCCUGAGCCUUGCUUAGACCUCCAUAAUCCAUCCUCGAAUUCUUCCAUCUGCUUCUCCCUCCCUAGCUACCAUGCCAUUGCAGAAGCGUAAAUGCAUAGAGUACAAAGUGAUCCUUUCCUUGUUUAUUCCUUGUACAAUUCAGAGAAUCUAGCUUUUCCCUCCCCAAACUCUUUUAAAAUAGCCGCGUCAAAAGAAUCAUUCACUUUCCUACAGUCAGCUUUGAGGCUCAAAUUGCAGUCUGUGUUGCGUUCUUGGUGAGCAAUCCUGGCAGGUUAUCGACAGCGAGCUGUUUGGUUGUACAGUUAAAAUUUCUUCAUUCAAUCUGUAAGAAAAAUUUUGUGGUACUAGGAGUUGAGUCCAGAGAGUUGCUUCAUACAGUUGUUAAAUUGUCAUAAAAUAAACACAUCAUGAUUAAGUCA